GAAUACAUUGACUCUCAAAGACUUCACUAAUUCACCGCUACUGAUCCUAUUAUGCUAUACAUAAAUAUCUAAUGUAACUUUCAAAAGAAAUAGUACAAAAUGUACAACAUUUAUCAACAACUUGCGAGCAUGCGAAACUCUUUGACGUCAUGUUGACUGUAGACGUCAUACCACUGAUCCACAAUUGUAUUGGCUCACGUUCAGCUUGAAGCGGGGUGAAAUUUUGUUGAGCAUUCUUUUUCUUCCCAUAAUUUGCGUUCUACUGUACUGUCCAGAUGCAGCAAGGAGACGCAGUAUAUAAAACCGAUGGAUUAGUCAUUUCCAGAUUACUUUCCGUGCUGUUAAUUAGCAUUAUCUAUUUUCUUGCAUGUGUAUUUAUCUCAUCAGCGCGGCAGGUACCAGCUGGAUCGCAAUGUUAUCAGCCUAACCGUAACGGAAUAUCUAAUCAGGCGCCUCCACCGGACUGCCAAGUUGCACAGCCUGCACAUAUGACUGCCAGUGGGCACGCUGAAGGUAAUCCUGCAGCGAAGUAUCUUACGGAUCUGCAUUCCGACGACGAAGGCGGUAGUGUUGCACCGUGGACGAACGACAGUGAAGGUGAAGACGACAUGGCGAACCAGGAGCUGACCGGGAAUGAUGCGGGCUUUGCGGAUGACUGCAGUACGCUGUCGCGACCAGAUUGGUGGUCGACGAAGCAUAUCCACUUCAAGCUGGAAGUGGAUUUUACUAACAGUGUGCUGAAGGGAUUCGUUGAAUUGACUGUGGUCAAGCAGACAUCGGAAGAUGCCAAUCUGGUGUUGGAUUCCCGAGAUAUUACCGUGGAUAGAGUUACUCUUCUAGAUGGUAACCACGAGCAAGAUUUACCAUUUAUCAUGGGAAAAAAGGCCGACUUUAUGGGAGCGCGGCUGGAAAUCGUGAUGCCUAUUAAGAAAGCUCCUGCCAUGGAUAGUGCGAUAGUUUGCGUUUACUACAGCACGAGCCCAAAUUCAACCGGUCUCGUAUGGUUAAAGCCAGAGCAGACAGCUGGACGCACUGAUCCAUACUUAUACAGCCACAGCGAAGCCAUUCAUGCGCGCAGCAUCUUCCCAUGCCAGGAUACGCCGUCUGUCAAAGCAACGUAUACCGCAGAGGUCACUGUGCCAGAAGGGCUGACUGUCCUUAUGAGCGCUGUAGGCGGUGGUAAGGAGCCCAGUGUUGCCGGCCAGACCACAUAUCGUUUCAAACAGAAGGUUCCUAUCCCUUCUUACUUGGUGGCGAUUGCUGUGGGCAAACUGGAUAGCCGCAAAAUCGGUCCCCGAAGUCAUGUCUGGUCGGAGCCGUCGCUGGUUGACCGGGCAGCUUUCGAAUUUGCGGAAACUGAAGAAAUGCUGGCCACAGCGGAAUCUUUGGCUGGACCGUAUGUUUGGGGUGUUUAUGAUAUUCUUGUUUUACCACCGUCUUUCCCUUUUGGCGGCAUGGAAAAUCCUUGUCUUACAUUCUUGACACCAACGCUAUUGGCCGGUGAUCGUUCCCUAGCCAACGUGGUGGCUCAUGAAAUUGCCCAUAGUUGGACAGGAAAUUUGGUCACCAACUUGAACUGGGAGCAUUUCUGGUUGAAUGAAGGCUUCACUACAUUCCUUGAGAGAAAAAUUAAGGGCAAAAUGUUGGGCGAAGAGCAUCGCCAGUUUGCAGCUAUUGAAGGCUUGAAAGGUUUACAGCAGGAGAUUAUGACAAGAGGCGUAGAACAUGAUUUUACUAAGCUGAUACCAAACCUGAAAAAUGCCGAUCCGGAUGACGCUUUUGGAACGGUGCCCUACGAAAAAGGCCAUAGUUUACUGUAUUAUCUCGAAACGCUUGUUGGUGGCGCAGAAAAGUUCAAUCCAUGUCUGAAAGCAUGGAUCGAGAAGUACCAAUACAAGACGGCAACGAGCUUCGAUUUCCAGAAGUUUUUUGUGGAUUAUUUUGGCAAAACACUGGCGCCGGAUGUGCUGAACAGUGUUGACUGGGAAGCAUGGUUUCACAAGCCAGGAUUCCCUCCGGUCGACUUGCAUUACGAUGAAUCGUUAGGGAAAGAAUGUACUGCAUUGCGGGAAAGAUGGACCAGUUGUGGCAGUGAUUAUUCGAAGUUUUCGAAUAAAGAUGUUGCGGAAUUUUCUCCGGCUCAGAAAAUGGAGUUCCUUGCACAGCUGCUUUUGGAGCCGCCGUUGUCGGUAGAGACUCUUCGAGCAUUGGACAAAAUCUAUGAUUUCUCCGCUACGCAGAAUGCGGAAAUUAAAUUCCGCUGGCUGAGGUUAUGCAUACGUGGACAGUGGGAGGAUAUGAUUCCCCAGGCGUUGGCCUUUGCGGUGGAAUAUCAGCGGAUGAAGUUUUGCCGCCCCAUUUUCAGGGAUUUAUAUGCCUGGGAUAAAUCUAAAGAUAUUGCAGUGGCAACAUACAAGAAAUACCAGCAUACGAUGGCAUUUAUAACCGCUAACCAGUUAGCGAAAGAUUUGAAUUUGGUUGAAAAAGCCUAAUAAUAUUGUGAUAAAUAUUAUGGUCAUCAUGAGGUCGUUUUUGGUGCGGUUUUGUUUAUCUACAUAGUUAAAGUUAAUAAAGUCAUGUGUCUUUGAAAUAGAA